UGCGUGGUAGGAAGAAAGGAAGAAAGGAAGGAAGGAAGGAAGGAAGGAAGGAAGGAAGGAAGGAAGAGGUAAAAGAGAAAAAAAAAAGAGAGAGAGAAUUGGGUCGAAUAUAUCGUCGGACAUGUGCGCGGCGCUGUGCUCGCAGCCAGCAGGGACGUGAUGGUACGUAGCUCGCGGCGUGCAAGUUAUCAGGAUUGCUCGCGGUCACGGGUUCGUGACGACCAUGGUGAGGAGUGCGACGGCGUGAGCGACGACAACGAGCGCGCUAUCGCGAGAGAGAGCCUCGGGGCGCCGCACGCCGACGGACGGAGCGGCGUUGCCACCUCUCUUCGCCCGCUACACCGCGAGAAGCGAUACGGCAACCAAGAACACCGUCGUUGCCACGUCCGCUGCUACGUUCCGCUGCCAGCCGGGACGGCGGCUCGCUGCUCGCCACGGCGACCAUCUCUCUCGCUACGCUGCUAAGCACCUACACGAUACGCGGAAGAUCGGCUAUCGCCGAUUCGCCUUGCUGUCGCGUGAGGACACCGCCGCGGCACCGCGUGGAAAUGUUUUGUUCAGCUGUUUCAGAACCGACGAGUAACACGACGAUGGAGGCGAAGGAGAGGGAGAAGCCGCUGGUUAAAGACUUGAACGAACAUAUCGUGUGUCCUCUCUGCAGAGGUUACCUCAUUGACGCAACGACACUCGUGGAAUGUCUGCAUUCUUUUUGCAGAGGAUGUAUAGUGAGACGGUUGAGCAGCGGUGCCAGAGCGUGUCCCGUGUGCAACGUCGCAACGUCUCCGCCGCUCCUGCCGGACGUAAAGCUGCAACGACUGGUCUAUCUCGUGGUACCGGGCCUCUUCCGGUCGGAGCUCGAACGAAGGCGUCACUUCCGGCUGGUGAAUCCGCAAUGCCCACCUUUGGCCCUGCCGUUGGGCGCGCUCGACUUAACUUUGGACGAUUUCGUCAGCCUGAGUCUGUGCGAGCUCGACGAGCCGGAAGAGGAGGCGGCCGCUCACGAGCCGGAAAACCGUGCCGGUUCACGGCAUCGAUCGGCCAACAACAACGCCGAUCAAACGAAACAAGACGAGGACGGGAUCAAAGUUAGGAGCACGCGGUAUCUCAAGUGUCCGGCAGGAGUGACGGUCCGACACCUGGUGCGACUGCUGAUGCUGAAGAGAGGAUGGGAGGAGGCGAACUCUCACGGCUCGAGCGUCAACAAGAUCGAGAUGCUUUGCGAGAAGUGCAACGAAAAUCGUCGCGGUGGCGCGAAAACGAUGAUACUGGACCAAGCUUGGACGCUGCUGGACCUCGCCUGCAUAUUCGGCUGGAAAAGAGAAGCACCGAUGAAGCUGUUUUAUCGCGUGAUGUGCAAGGAGGACGCUGUUGCGUCUGCAUCGGGCGUGAGUUCGUUCAGCGACGAGGCGGCCAAGGAUACCGCAACGAUGGAGAAUAUUCAGAGGCCGCCGACACCACCGCCAAGUCCCAAACCGGUGCCACCUCAAGAGUGCGAAGGAAUCGAGGCUCGUAGGAUAUUGGAGAGCAACGUUGAGCCGUCUCAGUCGCUGAAGACCAACUUGGAGGUCGACAAGGAGCCAAAAGUGAAAAAGCCCAGGUGCACAGUGACACCGGUUAUGAGGACGCCGAAUCUCGUGCCGAUACAGACAAAUCUCACGGCGGAGAGCUCCAAGACCAAGGAGCUGACACCGCAAAAGCUCGAACACCACAAGCACAAGAAGCGACGAAACAAGCGUGUGAUCGCCGAGAUCACCACCACGCCGCGAGAGGAUCUGUUGAAGCUGAAGGUUCGACUGACUCCGUGUCCACCGCGGAUCACGUCGAGCAGCGCGAGCGGCCAGGCAAAGGAGAAACUGCUGCAAAUGAGAGCCGUGAGGAGAGAGAAAAUCAAAGCUACGACCACGAUAAGUCAGCAACGAUCGACGGACGGAGCGUUGGUCCGAGAGGAGGGAGCCACCGCGAAGGAGACCAUCGGGGAUACGAUAGAGGAGGAGACGAUAGAGGAGAUUAUAGACAGCAUACCAGACGAGGUUGUCCGAAUCGCACAAAAUAUAGCUGCCCCGGCGGAAGAUGCGCCCGCGGCGGCAGAUAAGACGAAUCAGAGGAACGUGCAGAAUUGCACACCGUCGCCAAAGAAGGAGGAAAAGGAGCCAGACGCGGUGGAAGGAGCGGAGCAACCGGAACCGGAACAUCCGAAGAAGGACGAGGAGAUUCUUCGGAGAUUGGGCCUGGUCGCUGUGAACGAGGCCGGCGACAACUUCCGCGACAAGACGAAGCAACGGGCGCAGAACAACGGGGAGAAGAUCGACAACUUGGACAGGGAGAAACUGGAGAAACAGUUGCGCGAAAGUAAAGCGAAUCGCGUGAGAAGCUUGCUGGCGGAGAAGCAGAUGCGCGACGCGUUGAAGACGAUGUCGAAGACGAAAGAGGAACAACCCCCCGCGCCCGUUCAGGUCGCCAGCCCUCCGAAAAAGAAGGGGCCGCCACCGUUGACGCCGCUGCGCGUCGCCAAGCCUUCCGGUUUCGCCGCGUCGAACGCCAUUUUAGAACCGAAAAAUUCCAAAUACGAGAUCCCGCUAGACCUGAGCAGCGGAGGAACGGUACGUAACAACGUCCUCGAUCUCUCUGCCAGUCUACCGACCAAUUUCUCCUCGUCUCCCACCUCUUCGUCCUCGUCUUCUGCCUCUUCGUCCUCUUCAUCAUCAUCAUCGUCAUCGUCGUCGUCGUCAUCAUCCGCUUCGCCCUGUACCGCGUCCUUGUUGAACCCAAGACCAACGCCGCGACCGAUCCCGAUGGUCAGCAUAUUGAAAACAAAAGCGAAAGCCUUGGAACAACGACGCGGUCAGGAUUCCAAUCUAAUGACACUUUCUGACGCGGCUGUGUCCCUGUUAAGCGGCUGCAUCACCGACGAGAACUCGGUCGAUCCUUUGGUACUCAGCUCGACCAGUCUCGCGAACAAAGUCGCUCUACGAAUACCGCAACCUCAUCAGAGGAUCUCCAGUUUCGGGAUAAAGAUCAAGCCGAACUUGAGCAUCAGGCACAUACCUAAUCCUCAAGCCGUGGUCGCGUCGCAGUACAGAAAUCAAAGAGUCAGUUACUUCAACAACGCCUCGCAACAACCACCGUAAAUGUCGCCUCUCUCGCGUAUCGACUUAUGCGUACACUCUACUACGAUUCUCCUGUAUCCUCCAUUCUUUCCUCCAUACUUCCUGUUACUUACUAUAGAGAAAAAAUGUUUUCCUACGGAGAGAAACGAUUCCUACGUGACCAAUAUCCAAAGGCUGUACGUUACCAUAUAUAUAUAUAUAUAUAUAUAAUAUAUUUCCUCCCGCUUCCUACAACGUGUUUCCUACGAAACGCGACGACGAGUUGCGUGUGGGCGUGAAGACACACGGUACACCCGGUAGCAUAAACUAGAACAAGCCGACUUCGGAGGUGAAAGUGGAAGAAUGAUUGCAACAUUUAACGCCGCGCGAGCAAAUGAAAGCCGAAGGGAACAUUAGCCGUGCACUUUUUGAUAGCGCAGGAAACGAUGAUUGUCGACGAAAAAAUUACACUUGGCGGAGGAUUUUUUUACACUCUAGAGACAAAAAAGUAGCGAGAGAGAUGAAUUAGUCAGGAGUUACCCUGUGUCUUUUGCCCUCGGAUGAGAAACGAUGACGGUGUAUGGAAAACCAAACGUCGUUACCUAAAGUAUACAUUAAAACUACGUAUGUUUGUAAUGCAUGUAUGUAUGUGUGUCUAUGAUCAAACAUUAACUACGAUACAUUUGGCCAAGCUGACCAAUUCGUUUGUGAAAAAGGUCGGCGGAUCCAUUCUAUUGGCAAUGGCUCCACAAUGCCUGACGAAAAUGUAUUAGACGUACCAUAAACGUAUGGUUAAGGAUCGUAGAGACGAGACGAACGGUUAGAAUGUGGAUGGAUGACGGAUAAAACUUUCCUGUCCCCACGUGUCGUCGCUCCUUUCUCGUUUUGUUUAUUUCUUUCUUUUCUCUUUUUGUUUUAGAACCGUAGGGAACCAUGUAACUUCAUAGAGAUGCCAAAGAACGCCGGAAAACGUGUGCAAUGUACUAGUGCAAUUUAAUUAUUAUCGUCUAUCUCGUAAUAUAAUAUAAUAUAUUAACAAGCGAUUUAUUGCGGUGGAAGGCCAAUUUAUAAUUUCGCGGUUAAAAGAAAGGACAAAGAAAAAAGGGGAACAUAUUGGUAAUAUCUACGUGUAACGAUGGGUAACCCCCGCGGAAAUUAGGAAAAAUUCGAAGCUUGGAAAAGCUUUGCGAGAUCAUUUUUUGACGUACGCUCGACUAUCCGGUAUCGGGACGUUACUGUUGAAUUUGGGAGUUGAAGAUGUUAUCUAUGGGAAGCUUUUUAUUUCACGAGGAAGCGUAAACUCAUAUCGCUGUUAUCGGUUUAUGAAUAAUAUAUAUCAUCGUCUUGAGAUCGAUCGACGAUCGAGCGCGUCGGAGAACAUUGAAGAAGGAAAUGAAUCAAGAAAUCGAAUCGAAUCGCUCGUCGUGCGUGAUACACGUCGAUUUUUUUUAAUGCUGUAUCGACGAACUUUGUACCGACGAAUAGGGCUGCUCCUGUUCGUACAAGGACAGCAAUAAAGAUGAAUUCUUGAUUUGUUGGGAAUUUUCAAUAAAAACGUUUGUUGGGGGUAUCCAAAUCCUACUCGAUAAAUCAGAAUGAAUCAGCGUUCGAGCGUGUAAAGAUCGCGUAGAAACAGUAUGUUCAACGAUCGAACGAGGAUCAAGGUGGGUAUGCGUAAAAAAGUUUAGAAUUUCAACCCUUUGUGUCCGGGAUUAAACUAUCCGUGACAGUUUUAUUCAAUUCCAGCAAAUUUUGGCAUACUAUAAAUACAUAUAGGGGAAUGUUCAAUUUUGUAAUAAAUUAGAUAUUUAUAAGGUAGAAUGUAGAGGGUGAAAACACGUCUAGUCGAGGAAAAUAAAUUCGAAAAUAGAGGAACAGUGCCAACACGAGAGAGUGCAGAGAAACAAUGGAGAAUCCAUCGAUGUCCAUAAUUCGGGACGAGGUCGAACGUUUAAAUUAAUUACGAAAUUCGUGUCAAUUAGUUAUACGGCAUACCCGUAAUCGAUCACAGUUGCAAGGGAAAGGGGAACCACACAAUUUCGAGUAAGCUAAUAAUCAAAAAAACAAAAAAAAAAAAAAAAAAAAAAAAAAAGAAA